AGAAUCCAAUGAUACAUCCCUUGGGGUUUAUCGCCUGACCCGGCUACCGGGACGCAGCUGACCGAGCAGCUCUGACAAACAGACAAUGUGUGAAGACGCUGCUGGGCUGACGACAGACAUCCCAGGAAGAUAUGAGGAAGGAGUGGCGCUCGUUUCUGGUUUGUCUUCUUUAUCUGAGAUGGUGAUAAAAGCUGAUGAAGCUGUGCCGCUGUCAGCAGAACAUCACACUUCAUCACGCACAGAAGUAACUGGCUUGUUGUUGUUGAUUCUCAUGGCUGUUUGCAGGGAGAGGAGCCUCUGCACAGAUCACACAGCAUUAAAGGAGAUGUACGAUCAUCACAUUUUUCAGGGUUUUCUGCCUCCAUUCGGGUCUGAACUAAAACAAAGAAAAAACAAAAACACCCAGCCAGUUUUUUAGUUCAUGUUUUUUGGUGUCUGGAAAAUGAGUCAUUUCAAAAACCUUCCAAUAAUUGUGAAACCAAUAACAGACAGUACAUUUCUCAGGAGCCAUUGUUAAAAUCAUCAUUACACAUCAGUCUGUUGGUCAAUGUUUCAUUCAUUGAUGCUGAGCAGAACCAGAACCAGCAGACCUGAGGGUUCUGGAAGGUUGAUGCAACAGCAGAUCUUUAAGACAUUCAGUCAUUUAUAAAAUGCAAACAGCAUCUUAUUCUCUCAGUGAAGGACUGGGAGUGAUGUGCUCCAUCUUACUAGUUUUUGUCAGAGCGCCAGCAGCAGUUUCUCGAUCAGCAGCGUUCUGGAGGCCUGGCUUUUGCUAGUCAGACGUGUGAAGACCCUGUUGCUCUAUAUAGAUCUAGUAAUAUCAAAAAGCUAUAGAUCUAGUAAUCAACUAGAUCUAUAGCCCUACAUUAGCUCCACAGAUAAGUUCAGUUUUGUUUCUGUUCAGAAAGUUUUGGCACAUCCACACAUUUAUGACACGGUUCAGUGGUGGACAGCUCACCAGAGUCACCUGGUGAGCUGUGCAUCAUCUGCGUAGUUAUGGAAGCUAAUCUUCAUUCCUGAUAUAAUCUGAGUCGGUGGAGCAUACAUAAAUGUCCCUUCAGGUCCAGUGGUUCUAUAAUCUGAAGCAGCUGAAUCAAGGAGGAGGUUCAGUGGAUUCCUAAGCAGUGACAGUUUCCUCAGGAAAUCUUCCCAUUUUUGAAGAUCAACACGACUCAGAGGUUUAAUCUUAGCUUGUCGUGUCUCUGACUGGUUUUAAACCAUUAAGUGAUCAUCAGUGACUGGACCGCCCAUCAUUCCUGACAUUGAUCUGCCUCUGGCUUGUGAUUGGUGAGCGAUGAGCUCAGCCUGAGUGGCUCAUGCGUCCCUGUUUGAUGUGAAACGUGAAGUUUGACCACAUUGACCAGCUGGCCAGGAAGGUGACCGCCCCGCUGACGGACGUCCUGAUGACACCGGCUCUGAGGAGACGUUUGGAAGUGAAGCUAUUUAUUGCUCCAGCAUCACCGACCUGUCUCCUCAUGGUGACAUCACUGCAUUUUCCCUGCAUGCUCCGCAUGGUGGGAUUAAUGACAGGAAAACGGAUCACUCUGUUUCACAUUUGAUUUAAAACAUGAGCCUCCUCUAAACACGGCUGCACUUCUGUUUACAACCACAUUUAAAAGAUCGUUUGGCUUUCAGUUUUGCUCUAUAAAUUUGAUAAAGUGAUGCUGAGUUGUCAUUAAUUAGCAACUUGUUUAGAAGCAAAUGUUUUACUUUUAAAUCUUCAUCAUAAAGCAGCUUCUGUUUUAAUAUUCACAUAAAUACACAUUUUAUCGAUAUAACUUUGUUUAGAUAAUUUUUUAGAUGGAUACAACACAAAAAGGAUUUCUAUUAAUAGUGACUCACAUCACAGGUGAUGGACAGAAUUAUACUGUACUAACAGAGAUGGAGAGUAGACGAGAGGGCACACUCUGAUUCAAAUUCACAUCCAAAUUAAUUUUAACGUCAAAUUAAUUCAAGUUACAUAUAAACAGCUGAAACUCUGAGUUUGCCUCAGGAAACGAGGAUAAAAAUCCAUCUCUUGAUCAUCAUUGAUCAAUAUGUUUGAUGAUCACUUUAAAGAUGACUUGACGAAAUGAUUUGGUUUUUGAUAUUUGACAAAAAAUCAUGUUUAUUGCUUGUUUCAUAACUGCUGGCUGUAUUGUGUUUUCCUGAUAUAAAAUACAAAUAAAUUUAAUUUGACUCUCCAGGAUUUAUGGUUAAUAGUGAAUAAAAAUAUAAUAAUUUACUCUUCAAUCUCAACUUCAAGAAAAAUUGAAUCAUUUAGUGAAAAAGAAAUAUUUCUACUACAACUAAAAGAAAAUUAGAUACAUUUCUUUCAAAACAUUUUUACAAAAAAUGUACAAAUUUCCUUGUAACUUUGACGACAAUUAGAAUUUAAAUGAUAUAUUAAAACAAAGUCACAUUUUUCUGAAAAGCGAGCUAAAAACCCCAAAAUAAAAUACAGUGCAAAUUAAAACGUACAUGUGCAAAAUGAGCUAAAAACCUAAAUCAAAAAAUACAAUCAGAUAAAUUAAAAGAUAAAAUAAAAAGAAAAAUGAGAACUAGAAAAUUUAAAGUUUUUCUUUUAAACAUUUUCAAGUUCCCAGAUGAAACAAAAUAAAAUGUACAGAAAGAGUUUUCACCUUGACAUGUCAGCAGAGUGACACCUCUGUCUUGUGCUCCAUCUUUGCAUGCUGACACACUGAUGUCCAAACUGGGAGGACUGGGGGCCGGACGCGUCCCAGCAGCACGAGGACAGUAACACGACGCCGACUGGACGCUUUUCCUGCCUCAUAUAAAAGAGCCGCAGGCUGCAGAGGGACAGACGCAGAGGGACAGUACCGGGACACCACAGGACCCAAAUCUGUCCCAGAACCUCCAAGCUUCUCGGGAUGGGACUGCUGAGUGUGGAAGAACUGGUGACCGGGAAGAGGUCAGAGGUCAAAGAUUCCAGCGACUUCCCGGGGGGCAAGUACGAGGCAGCCGUCCACCAGGAGAAGCGGGAUGACCGUCGGUCGCUCCAGGAGCUGCCAGGGGGAGGCGGAGCUGCGGGAGAGGUCAGCGUGCUGGCUCUGAACACGGACAGAAGCGGGAGGCUGAAGCUGGAGACUGUGGACGAUCUGUUCAACAUCCUGCAGCUGAGGAAGAGGAGGAAGGAGAGGAAGUCUUCUGUGUUCAAGAAAACUGAACCGGAACCAGAGACAGUGCCAGAAACGGUGGAUGAGCAGCUGUUCCUCACGGCGGUUAUGGAGAACAAACUUCCUGUGGUGGAGAAGUACCUGGCCGACGGAGGAAACCCAAACGCUGCAGAUAACUUUCAGAGAACUGCUCUGCACAAAGCUUCCUUCAAAGGACAUGUGGAGGUGAUGAGAAGACUUGUGGAGGCCGGCGCCGCCAUAGAGCAGAAAGACAAGCUGGAGGCCACAGCCGUCCAUUGGGCCUGCAGGGGAGGCAGCCUGCCAGCCCUGCAGCUCCUGCUCCACCAGGGAGCCAAGUUCACCAGCAGAGACAAGCUGCAGAGCACGCCUCUUCACGUCGCUGUGAGGACCGGACACUGCGAGUGCGCCGAGCAUCUCAUCCACUGUGGAGCCGACGUCAACGCCAGAGACAGAGACGGAGACACACCAAUGCACGACGCUGUGAGGAUAAACCGAUUCAAGAUGAUCAAGCUGCUGAUGAUGUAUGGCGCCAGCCUCAGCACCAAGAACAGCGAUGGAAAAACUCCAAUGGAGACGCUGUAUUCAUGGCAGAACGGAGCCAAGAGCCUGCUGUGUAACUUCAACGAGGAGAAGCCCUGAUGGCCUGGACUGUCUGCAGAAAACAGACGAUUCAGGGAUCUGAACCGGCAACCCGCUGGCUCAUUUGACCUUUGGUCUCCAUCAGGGAACAUUCACUGACAAUGUGAAUCCAAGCAGGAAGAGUUUUGUCUCUUCGGAGUCAACUGGACGCUGCUGGUCGGUGUCCAGCUGAAGACGAUUUCUUCUGUUUUCCUUUAUUUAAUAUUGAGCUGAGUUGAGUUCAGUGACAAUGCACCAGAUGGUGAUUAAUUUAUGGAUGAAUGAAAUAUUUAUUUAUUGCCAGAUGUGAUUUAUCUAACAGUGAGCGGUUCGUUGUGCUGAUCUGCACCUGAAGCAAAUCGUCUGCUUUGUGCUGUUAAAGGGAAAUAAGUCAGAACGAAGUAAGUUUGAUCUCCAGGUUGGACAGAAUCUCUCUCCUUUCCUUCUAGUUUUUAUUCAUUCUGAUGAUCUGUAAAUGUCCUGCUCCUUUUCACCCUUCUGUUCGGGACAAAAACUGAUAGAGAGUUCUCAAAACGUUCUCCCAUCAGGUGACCAUUAGGAUAUUCAGGCUCCACCUCUAAUUAUGAUGCUGAUGAACAGAGAGACAGAGCUGGAAUGCUGCUGAUGGUUCAGAGGAAGUUUGACAUGCAAAGUUAUUGAAACAAAUGGAUUUUGUAAGAUGUCUGUAACUUGGUUUUUAUUGAUUGAAAUAUAAAUAUUUAAUAAACUUGUCUUUGAUUUGAA